CAUAAACCCUGGUCCUAUUACUCAGCAGCCACCAUAAACCCUAUUAUUGUAGCAGCAGCAGCAGCAGCCACCGCCGCCAAAAAUGGAACCCAAAGCCGUGAAAUCCGACCUCGUUCUCAUCCUCGACUUCGGUUCCCAAUACACUCACCUCAUCACUCGCCGCAUCCGAUCCCUCUCCGUCUUCUCCCUCUGCAUCUCCGGCACCUCCUCCCUCUCCGCCAUCUCCGAACUCAACCCCUCCGUCGUCAUCCUCUCCGGCGGCCCCCACUCCGUCCACACUCCCGACUCCCCUUCCUUCCCUGACGGCUUCCUCGACUGGGCCCGCACCAACGGCGUCGCUGUCCUCGGUAUCUGCUACGGCCUGCAGCUUCUCGUCCAGCGCCUCGGCGGCGAUGUCCGCGUCGGACACACGCAGGAGUAUGGUCGUAUGGAGAUCACUGUUGAGCACCCCUCGGCUCUGUUCCCCUCCUACAAGGUUGGCCAUAAGCAAGUUGUUUGGAUGAGCCAUGGUGAUGAAGCCGCUGCUCUUCCUCCUGGUUUCAAUGUUGUUGCCCGGAGUCAGCAAGGCUCCGUCGCCGCCAUCGAAAACCCUUCCUCCAAGUUCUAUGGCCUGCAGUACCACCCUGAGGUGACUCAUACGCCGGAAGGAAUGGAGACCUUGCGGCAUUUUCUGUUUGAAGUUUGUGGGGUGGCAGCAGGGUGGAAGAUGGAGGAUUUGUUGGAGGAAGAGGUGAAGGUGAUUAACAACACGGUGGGGCCUGAUGAGCAUGUUAUUUGUGCCUUGUCUGGUGGUGUGGAUUCCACUGUUGCUGCUACUCUUGUCCAUAGAGCCAUUGGAGAUAGGCUUCAUUGUGUUUUUGUAGACAAUGGCUUGCUCAGGUAUAAGGAGCAGGAACGUGUGAUGGAGACUUUUGAAAAGGAUCUUCAUUUACCGGUUGUGUGUGUUGAUGCUGCAAAUCAAUUUCUUUCAGAGCUGAAAGGUGUGACGGAUCCUGAGCAGAAGAGGAAGAUUAUUGGGAAGGAGUUUAUCGCCAUCUUUGAUGCUUUUGCUCAUGAGCUGGAGCAGAAAAUAGGGAAGAAACCUACUUACUUGGUUCAGGGGACAUUGUACCCAGAUGUGAUUGAGUCCUGCCCGCCACCUGGAAGUGGGAGGACCCAUUCCCAUACCAUCAAGAGCCACCAUAAUGUUGGAGGUCUUCCAAAGGACAUGAAAUUGAAGCUUAUUGAACCGCUUAAGCUUCUGUUCAAGGAUGAGGUUCGUCAAUUAGGAAAGAUCUUGGAUGUUCCUGAGGGCUUUCUGAAACGCCAUCCAUUCCCUGGGCCAGGUCUUGCAGUAAGAGUUUUGGGUGAUGUGACCCAAGGAAAUGCCUUAGAUAUCCUUAGACAGGUUGAUGAGAUUUUCAUUCAGUCAAUCAAGGAAGCUGGCCUUUAUGAUUCAAUAUGGCAAGCCUUUGCAGUUUUCUUGCCGGUGCGAUCUGUUGGAGUUCAAGGUGAUCAAAGAACACACUCCCAUGUUGUUGCUCUCAGAGCUGUUACAAGUCAAGAUGGCAUGACUGCAGACUGGUAUAACUUUGAGCACAAGUUCCUUGAUGAUGUUGCACGCAAGAUCUGUAAUGGUGUCCGUGGUGUGAACCGUGUCGUGCAAGACAUUACAUCAAAGCCUCCAUCAACAAUUGAAUGGGAAUAAUAUCAUGUUGAAUAGUAGUUGCCAUAGUAAUGAGGUACUUUAAUGUUGUAUAUGUGCUAAGGUACUGGCUAUUUACUUGCUUGAUUUUUAUUGUCUUUUUUCCCUGCCUGCCUAGGGCUUGGUGGGAAGGGCAGUGAUUGAAGAGGGAAUUUUUUAUGGGAUUGAUAUGAAUCUUGAUAGAUUGGAAGAGCUAGAGUUUUGAUAGAAUUACAUUUGUAUUGAUUAUUUCUCAUGAAUCAAUGGCAUUUGUUCCUGAGAGAUCGUAAGAUCACUUGGUAUGUCUUGAUUUGUGGAGUUUUCCUAGCCUAGGUGCAUUAUGUAAACAUGAAGUGAGUUAUGUUGCAUUGUUGGUUUUUUGGUC